GGCUCGGGGGACACGCGGGUUUAUAAAGCGUCCCCGGCCCCGCGCGGGUGCGGGAGUGGCGGCGGCGGCACCGGGCGGGAGCGGGGCUCGAACCGGGUGCUUCCCGGGAGCCCCGGCGGGGCUACGGCCACCCGCGGGCCAUGGAGCUGCCCACGGAUGUGCCCGUGGAUGUGGCCAUGGAGCUGAGCACGGUGCUGCCCUCGGUGCUGCCCUCCGUGCUGCCCCCCACCCCCUGGGGCAACGGCACCGCCUGGGACCCCCUGCCCGGGCACGGGGGCAACGAGACGGGCCCGCAGAGGGCCAAGAACGCCACGUCCAUCCUGAUCGCCAUCGUCAUCACCGCGCUCUACUCCGUGGUGUGCGUGGUGGGGCUGCUGGGCAACGUCCUGGUCAUGUACGGCAUCGUCAGGUACACCAAGAUGAAGACGGCCACCAACAUCUACAUCUUCAACCUGGCGCUGGCCGACGCAUUGGCCACCAGCACGCUGCCCUUCCAGAGCGCCAAGUACCUCAUGGAGACCUGGCCCUUCGGGGAGCUGCUCUGCAAGGUCGUGCUCUCCAUUGACUACUACAACAUGUUCACCAGCAUCUUCACCCUCACCAUGAUGAGCGUGGACCGCUACGUCGCCGUGUGCCACCCGGUCAAGGCCCUGGACUUCCGCACGCCGGCCAAGGCCAAGAUCAUCAACGUCUGCAUCUGGGUGCUCUCCUCCCUCAUCGGGGUGCCCAUCAUGAUCAUGGCGGUCACCAAGUCAAAAGACGGGAUGGUGCUGUGCACCCUGCAGUUCCCCGACCCUCCCAUCUACUGGGACACCGUCACCAAGAUCUGCGUCUUCAUCUUCGCCUUCCUGGUGCCCAUCCUGGUCAUCACCAUCUGCUACGGGCUGAUGAUCCUGCGCCUGAAGAGCGUCCGCCUCCUGUCGGGCUCCAAGGAGAAGGACCGGAACCUGCGGCGCAUCACGCGCAUGGUGCUGGUGGUGGUGGCCGCCUUCAUCAUCUGCUGGACCCCCAUCCACAUCUUCGUCAUCGUCUGGACGCUGGUGGACAUCGACAAGAAGAACCCCUACGUGGUGGCCAGCCUGCACUUCUGCAUCGCCCUGGGCUACACCAACAGCAGCCUCAACCCCGUCCUCUACGCCUUCCUGGACGAGAACUUCAAGCGGUGCUUCCGGGAGUUCUGCCUGCCCUUCCGAGCCCGCGUGGACCAGAACAGCUUCUCCCGCGCCCGGAACACCACGAGGGAGCAGGUGUCCACCUGCACCCCCUCGGAAGCCCCCAACAAGCCGGCAUGACUAGGCGUGGGCAGCCCCCAGCGGGGCUGCCGGGGACGCGGAGGGGACGACCUGCGCUCGGAGGUCACCCAGGUCACCACCACGGAGUUCUGAGCAGGGCGGUGGCACCGCCGGGGGACGCCCCGGGGGUUGUGCCCGCGGUGACUGCAGAGACUUUGGUUGCCCCAAAGAAGCGGGAUG